AUGCAGCGUACACGCUGCAGCGGGGAAGGCGGGCGGCGCCUCGAGAGGCUGUCGGGCUGGGUUGUGCGCGGAUUUCGAUGCGGAGACAUUCCUUAUGCCUGGGAAUGUGGUGGCCUGCGCAGAAGCGACCCGCAAAGUGGCCAAGUACGGGUACCUCUUCGUCGCCCCCGGCUGGGACUUCUCCAACCCGCUCAACAGGACCAAGGUGGUGUGGUUGGUGGUGGUGGUGGUAGAGGUGGUGGUGGUGGUGGUGGUCAGAAGGUUGGUGAUGGUGGUGGUAGAGGUUGGUGGUGGUGGUGGUAG